AUUUCUGCAGCUUACGUGCAAUUGUCCAGGCUACAAGUACAGCAACAGUUUUGAAGACAAAUCUAGCGUUUUAAUACUAAAACCAGGACAAUAAGACGGCGCAAAUUGUAUAAUAUUAAGUUAAGUAGUAAUUUUCGUUUCUCUCUUCUGGCCUCAAUGAGUGAUGCAGUCUGGGUUCACCUUCCUGCUACAGAUAGUGCUGUUGUACUUGCAGAUGGAUGCUGUAGCCCCAUUGAUCUAAUCCACCCAGCUGUAGGAAUGGAGACCGGCGUCUGCCUGCGGGAGGAAAAGAGGGGAAAGGACCGCGGCGGUGGGACGGAGGUACCCGCAGGGAAGGAGCAGAAGAAAGGAGGAGAAAGAGAGAGCGAGAUAGCGAGGGUGUGAAAUCCGGGGACGGCAGAAGAAAAAAAAAGUGAUAAAAAUCCUGGAGCGUGUAGGAAGCUUCUGUGCGGAGGGCCGGAGGUGAUGCUGUCGCUGCGAUUACCACUCUGGGAAAAAAUCCCUGCCGAUACUGUUGAGAGAAGCUAACAUCACUCAUUAAAUCUGGAGUAAAACGUGCGCAGGAUAUUCUUUCACAAUACAUGCAUUCCUUCCCGAAGAUCCUCGGGUGCCCGUUACCUUGCUCUGCCUCUUCUCUCACGCAGGCAUCCUGUUCAUUCAUCCAUUAAUUUUGUUAAUUAUUUUUGGAAUUCAACAAAGGGGGCAGGAAAAGAGUGAUUGCUGGCAUUCGGCGGCCUGCUUCAGCUGUCCAUACGAUACUCUUUUUCAUCAUGGUGGGAGGUUUGCACCCUGCUAGGUGGAUCGGACCCUUGGCUUGCUAUUACUUUUCACUUUUUUGUUUCCUGGCCAUCGCUUCAUUGCCAGGGACCCGUGCAUCUUAUCCCCAGGGCAGCGACUGCCAGUCUGGUAAAGGGAAAGGUGCCGACUGCACAGAUCUGUCGGAGAAAAAGAGUGACCUUCGUGUAUGUGACGACUCAACGUGUCGAUAUGGGGGCACAUGCAGGGAUGAUGGGGCUGAUCUGAAGUGUGUGUGCCAGUUUCAGUGCCACAAAAACUACAUCCCUGUGUGUGGAUCAAAUGGAGACACCUACCAAAAUGAGUGCUAUUUAAGACAAGCAGCCUGCAAACACCAAAAGCACAUAACAGUGGUGUCAGAAGGCCCAUGUUACCCUGAUAAUGGAUCUGGUUCAGGAGAAGGAGAGUAUGAAGGCUCAGGCUCAGACAUGGGGAGGAAGUUCACAAAGUGUGGUACUUGCAAAUAUGGAGCGGAGUGUGAUGAAGACUCAGAAGAUGUGUGGUGCAUCUGCAACAUUGACUGCAGUGGGCACAACGAAAACCCUGUUUGUGCAACUGAUGGGAACUCCUACAACAACCCUUGCCUGGUUAGAGAGGCAUCUUGUAUGAAACAAGAGCAAAUAGAUGUCAAACAUCUAGGGAAAUGUCUAGACAAAGACAAUAAAGUCCUGCUGGGGAAAAAAGAAGAGGGUGGAUCAUUUAAGCCUGAUAUUUUAGAGACUGGUGACCAAGGAGUGUAUACAGGAGUGUCUGUUCCCUGUUCUGAGAACUACGCAGGUUUCUGCAUCCAUGGGAAGUGUGAAAUUAAAUAUAACAUGGCCUCUUGUCGGUGCGAGUCUGGAUACAAAGGCCCACAGUGUGAUGAAACCCAGGACUUCAACAUCCUAUAUGUGGUCCCCAGUGGACAGAAGCUUCACUACGUUCUGAUUGCGGCCAUCAUUGGAGCUGUGCAGAUAGCUAUCAUAGUUGCUGUAGUGAUGUGCAUCACAAGGAAAUGCCCCAAAAACAAUCGGGGACGCAGGCAAAAGCAAAAUCUGGGACAUUUUACGUCAGACACAUCUUCUAGAAUGGUGUAGUUUGCUGUUUUUGAUACCUUUUCUUACCAUGUGGAAGACUUUCUUCAGUUAUGGUUUGUUGUUUUCCUUUUUUAGUUUUGCUUUUUUUGAGGCAAAAAAGAAGAAUGAAGAUAUUUAUUUCAGGGGCCUUAUUUUUUUUUUCGUUUCUUGAACAUUUGAAACUUCUGCCGUUGGCAGCAAGUAACAUUUUUAACAGCUACAGACUGAAAGAAACCGUCCAAAAAAGUAUUCUGUUCUUUUCUUCUAUGUUACUUUUUCUUCUUUUUUUUUCUCGUUGCGUUUUGAAGGUGGUAGCUUAGGCCUACCUAACUUGAAUCCCAUGGUAAUGUAAUAGACUUCUGCUUCACUCAUGGAAUGUGCUAUUUAUUGGGAACACUCAACAACUUCACCAGAUUUUAUUUGCAAAAGACGUGCAGCUGAACACCAAAAUGCAGUUUUAAUGAACAAGGCAUGAGCCAGCAAGGUGAAGAUGUUUACAGUUUGUCUUUAUUAUGAAAUACAAUAAAUAGAACACACUGUGUUUGACUAGUUAAUAAUUUAAAUGUUUUUUGGAAAUACGUAGCUUUUUAUGUUUUUAUGUUAUAAUUAUGAUUUCUUUAAUUCUAGACACUGCAUAUCGCAUGACUUGUGAAACUGUGUUCUGUGGAGUAGUUUUAACCUAAUGAAAUGCUGUAUGUUUCAGGCAUUUUUGUCACUUACAUCUGAGCACUACCAUUUUGAAAUUCCAGCACUGUAUCGAUAUUCGAAUAGGCCUUAGUGUACAACUAGCAACCCUUGAAAUGUGACUGGUAGUGCUUGUUGAUGUGAGGAAUAUGAAAGCAAGGGGUGUGUCUUUAGAAAACAUUACAAUACUCAUCAAAUCAAAAAAGAAUCCCCUGCUUUUACGAACAAGGUCUUAAGUGAUGGAGUUUUGGAGUUUGUUUCAGAACUCUCAGAGUAAGAUGUUAAUGUGUGGCAAAGAAGGUGUUAAUCCAUGUUUUGUAUUAUUGAUGCAAGGCAGGGGAAAAAGAGUGGAAGUGAUGACUUUAUAAUGCUUACUUCAAGAAGUAACUGUCAGAAAGAAGCCAAGUGGAAGUUUCCAGUUUCUGACACUGCAUAGGAGCGUUUGAGGGGAAAAGAUUACCCUGCCGUAGAACUGUCACAGCCACCUGGCUGAGCAGACAGAAAGGGGUAAUACCUGACAUAUAAUGAACACUGUUUGAUCCAGAAUUAAAGGGUCUUUGUCUGAUUUCAUCUGAUGUAGUUCUUUGAAAGUAGUCUUCUACUUGUUAUUAACCAUCCAGAGGUGACUUAAAAAUGUGAGUAGAAUGUGUUUGUUUGACAUGUCAUUAAGAAUUCUGCAUGUAGGACUUUAUAGUCAGCUUUUUUGUCCAAAAUAAUAAAAAAUAAAAAAGAAAGAUGCUUUUUUAAUGUA